AUGACUAAGGGUACAGGAUCUUUCGGAAAGCGCCACAACAAGACGCACACUCUCUGCCGUCGUUGUGUCUCGAAAUUUCACACAACGCAUAUGUUAUGGAGAGUUGAGAAUGACUUUACGGAUACCAUGGGUGGAAUUGGGCUGUUUCAAGACGGGACAACCGCUGACUGGGUUUCUUUUGCGAUCACAGGCCGCCGCUCUUUCCACAUUCAGAAGUCCACCUGCUCUGGCUGUGGUUACCCUGCCGCUAAGACCCGCAAGUACAACUGGUCUGAGAAGGCCAAGCGCCGCAAGACCACCGGUUCCGGCCGCCUGCGCUCCCUGCGUGAUGUCCACCGCCGCUUCUUGAACGGUUUCCAGACCGGUACUCCCAAGGGCGCCCGUGGUCCCGAGAACCACUCUUAA